AUGGAUUCAAUGAUGAGCCUGAUCGAGGCGGCUUCCAGCACUGUUGCCAAACAGUGCGAGGUCAUCACGAGAAUGGCGCAUGCCCUCGCCACGCAAGGUGCACUUUCCGCGUCCCAAACGAACGAUCUUUUAGAGAUUCAGAAAACAAUCAGCAAGACAAUCGAAUCCCAGGCAAGCACCAUCCAGUGCUUGGCUGAAAGUCGCGCGGCCAGCAACUGCGACUUCGGCCGAGCAAUGCCUGCCACGGCCUUCCCACGCUUCAACCAAUUCCAGCCCGAGAUUCGCAAGAUAGUUUGGGAGAUGGCACUGCCAGACACCCGCGUCUUCAUGCCGCAUGAGAUAGAUCGAGACCAUGUUACUCUUGCCUUCACCCUCGACCACAAACCUCCUGCUAUCCGAGCUGCCUGCAAAGAAGCUUGGCUCGUCACAGAAGAGAACGGAAGAUUCGCGUUCGGAUACGGACAUACUCGUGCUCAUGGAUUCUGGUUCAAUCCCAGCAGAGACAUCGUUUUUGUUCGACGCGGUGAGAUCUCCGAGAUCGUUGAGUCAGCAAUCAAGGCGGCUGGUACCCAGAACGUUGCAAUCGAGUGGUACUUCUUUACUUCUGAGCUCUCCUGCAUUUCUGAGAUGGAGCGGACGAGAGAAAGGCUCAAAUGCCGCAAAGUUGUCGUCAUAACCCUUCCUCAGCGGUUUGAUAACGCCGAAUUCGUCCACGAUGCGCAGCUUUUCAAAUUGCUCGACCGCGACUACGUCUUCGUCGAUGAGAACAAUCGUUUCUACGACUUCGUCUACGACGACGACCAUAACGACGACGACUAUGGCGAGGACGACAACGAUGACGACGACAACCAUGAGGGUGAUCAGCAGCGACGGAUCACUUGGGCGAGACUGAAGAAAAUACUGGAGAACAUCCAAUCCCGCCGACUGCAACCACAAGAACGCCAUCUCGUCUUUGAAGGCAUGGAGCUUCUGGUCAACAAGCGAAAAUGA